GAAAUAUUCUCUCUCGUUCUCUCGCCUAAUCUCUUUUUCUCUCUACUUCCUCUAAAAUAUAAGUUUUCUCCUUCAUUUCUCUCUCUCUUCUUCCCUCUCUCCCCCCUAAUUUUUUUGUCAUUGCCUAAUUUACUUGUAUAUUGAAAAUCUUAUUAUACACCUAUCUAUACGGAGAGAGAGCGAGAGAGAGAGAGAGGUUGAGAUUAGUACAUAUAUAGUACAGUACACCGACGCUCUAUGUGUUUAAGUAUUCUUAUGGAAGAAAGUAUAUUUACAUAGAUAUAUUGUUAUGUUGAUACUUUUUUGGUUCUUUUGUAUAAAUUCAAUAUUCGUGUGCUUAGACUGUCAGACAACUUGCGUUCCGAGUAUUCUAAAGGCUACAUCAAACAUAAAAACUUUUACAACUCCUUUCUUUGAGAGUGGAAACUAUCCAAAUAAUAUUCUCGUCUGCUGGAAAAUCUCGGCGUCUAUUAAUCAUAUCAUUUCUCUCCGGAUUAUAGAGAGUUCUAUAGAGUACGAUAGCAAGUGUAUGAACGAUUUUGGAGUCGUUUACGACGGUUUCACCACCAGUUCAAAAUUAUUAGCAAAAUGGUGUGGGUCUGACGAAAAGUUCGAAUUGAAAACUAGCUCCAACUCUGCUUUAAUUGGAUUCAUAUCCGAUGAAAAUGGUGUCACGAGGAAAGGUUUUAAAAUUGAGUAUGUGGCAUUAUCGUCAUCGGGACAGGAUGACGGUGGCUUAACGACGGCUGUUAUUAUAGUUUUAGCAAUUAUUUGCUCCGUAAUUGGCAUCGUAAUGAUCAUUAUAUGCGUUAUAAUAUUCAGCUGUAUAUUUGGUUGCUGUAGCACUGUUAGUAGCAAUCGUCAACAAGUUAUGCCUAUAUCCGAUAGACCAAUAGUACGCAAUGGCCCAGAUCAUGUUACUAACGUUCUUCCAAUAGCUCCACCGGCUUACGACGAACUAUACAAUAAUUCUAAUAGUAUUAAUAACAACAAUAAUAAUAAUAAUAUUAACCAGCCAACCGAUGCUCCUCCUUCCUACGAGGAUUCCGAACAGCGUAAUAAUACAAUAACAACUAUAACAUGAUUGAUUAUUUAACUGUGUAAUUGAUUGAGUUUUUCAUAAAAAAAAAUAAAUAAACACUUGAAAUUAAAAGAAAGAGA